AGCUGAGCCAACCUGUGAAUAUGCACAUCCUCCGAAGGCUGGUGCAAAAUGGGACUGCAAACCCAUCAAUCAAGAUCCAGCUUUUGGGAGAUGUAGAAAGAGUGGGUAAAGGCUUAUGCCCAGAGCACAAUAAUUCGCCCCCUGGAGAUGGUUUAGUACACUGCACAUCUCUAAUGUCUUAUGAUGAUUUCUGCAAGACCCAGGGGCCUGUCAAUGUCACAUGUUCUUAUAAGGAAAAUGGCUUCGUUCCUAAAGACUUAGUUGCUAAUGAGUCCUGCAACGUCGAGAACCAGCAACAUUGUAAGUGUCACGUGUUUACCAACAACGAGACAUAUUAUGCUGUUCGUCUAAAUAUCAAAAGCCCAGAUGUAAAUUUCCUCUACAUUCAGAACAUGGCUGUGAUUGAUACUUUGCAGGGAAUGCACUUGGAAUGUUUUGGUGAAGGAACAAGGUACACCACACAAUAUAACAUCAUUACUGGUCAGUACAACAAAUACGUCACACGAUAUAACCCCAACAGCCAGCGCAAAAGGUAUACCAUACAAUAUAACAACCUCACCAUUCAAAAUAACAGAAACAACACUCAAUAUAACAACCUCACCAGUCCAUACAACAGGCACCUCACAAAAUAUAACAGCCUCAACGAGGCAACAGAUCUUCUGAAUCAAACACAGAAUAUGACAUCUUUAAACUCAUCUCAGGUCAAUCAGCUAAUCAGCCAGCUAGAGAAUAUCAUCUCCGCUCCCAACAUUAGUCCGGAUCUAGGCCGAACAGUGCUGUCCGUCAUUAAAAACUUUCUUGACAGCCCUAAUGAUUCUCUGGCUCCCUUCUCUAACCGAUUAAUCCAAGCUGUGGAUAAUUUGGGUCUGAAACUUGUGAUUCGCAACCAGACUGAAAACAUUAUAUUUGAUUCACUCGCUCUGACUGUGACCAAAGUUGAUGGGAGCAACUUUGAGACAACAUCAUUCUCAAUUGCAGAUCCCUUAAACCCACAGGUCACAAAAGGACAAGUCAGGGAAGUGGAAAGUUCCUCCUCUCUGGCCAAAAUAACACUACCUGCGUCCCUGACAGAGAACCUCUCUCCAGAAGAAAAGAAGAUAGCUUCUAGAGUCCAGUUAACUUUCUUUCAGAAAAGCACAUUUUUCCAGGAUAAAAACCCGAGUCAACAGAUACUGAACAGCCACAUUCUGGGCUGUAGUGUGGCUAACCUGUCAAUCAAAAACCUGAGUGAGAAUGUUGAGUUUACUAUGAGGAAUAAGCAGCCUGUGGGGAACCAUUUACCUUCCUGUGUUUUCUGGGACUAUGGCAAAAACGGUUUAGGUGGCUGGAAUCCCGACGGCUGCUAUCUGAAGAACAGCACCGAGAAUGAAACCAUCUGCAGCUGCAAUCACCUGACUAGCUUUGCUGUACUACUGAAAAUUAGCCAGGAAAAUGUAUGUAAUUCAGAUGCCAAAAUCCUUACCUUCAUCACUUACAUUGGAUGUGGGUUGUCGGCCAUCUUUCUCUCAGUUACUCUGCUCACCUACCUCGCAUUUGACAAAAUCCGCCGUGACAUCCCUUCAAAGAUCUUGAUCCAUUUGUGUUUUGGACUUUUAAUGCUGAACCUGGUGUUCUUGUUGGACUCAUGGCUGGCAUUGUACCAAAAAGCUGAAGGCCUGUGCAUUUCCACAGCCUUCUUCCUGCACUACUUCCUGUUGGUCUCCUUCACCUGGAUGGGGCUGGAGGCUCUGCAUAUGUACCUGGCCAUCGUCAAAGUCUUCAACAACUUCAUGUCCAGAUACAUGCUGAGAUUUUCCCUAGUAGGCUGGGGAGUCCCUUUGGUUGUCGUCAUUAUUGUGAUUGGGGUAAACAAAGAGAACUAUGGCCUCAUAAGCUUUUCUGAUGGAACUAAUGCUUUUUGUUGGCUAAAAAAUACCAUAGCGUUCUACGUGGCUGUUGUGGCAUACUUCUGCAUCAUAUUUGUGUUGAACCUGGCCAUGUUUGGGGUGGUGAUGGUCCAUCUGAGACGAAUCAAGCGCCAAAACCCUCACAAUAAUCAGUAUCGCAGCGGCUUGCAUGAUCUACGUAGCAUCGUGGGACUCACUUUCCUGCUCGGGCUUACAUGGGGCUUCGCCUUCUUCGCAUGGGGACCUGUCUGUUUGGCCUUCACGUACAUGUUUACCAUUUUAAAUUCCCUACAGGGAUUUUUUAUUUUUAUUUUCCACUGCGCUCUGAAGGAAAAUGUCCGUAAACAGUGGAGAAUGUACCUCUGCUGUGGCAGUUUACGAUUGGCUGAAAAUUCAGAGUGGAGUCGGACAGCCACACAGAACUCUAAAAACGCUUCGAUUGGGAAGGCAGAUUCAGGGAUCCACAGUGCAUCCCGAAGCUCACUGAGCAGCGAUGACUCAAAGUGGUCCCAAGGUAUCGGCUCACCAAUGUAUGACAGUCUGGUCAUAUCAAGGCAAAUGAAUGACGACGUGGUCCUAAAUGAGAUAUACAGUCAAAUCCGUCCACGGAAGAGGAUUGUGAAGGCAGAUUCAGGGAUCCACAGUGCACCUCGAAGCUCACUGAGCAGCGACGACUCAAUGCCGUCCCAAGGCAUCGGCUCACCAAUAUAUGACAAUCUGGUCGUAUCAAGGGAAAUGAAUGACGACGUGGUCCUAAACGAGAUAUACAGUCAAAUCCGUCCACGGAAGAGGAUUGUGAAGGCAGAUUCAGGGACCCACAGUGCACCUCGAAGCUCACUGAACAGCGACGAUGCAAUGGCGUCCCAAGGUAUCGGCUCACCAAUGAAUGACAGUCUGGUCAUAUCAAGGGAAACAAAUGACGACAUGGUCCUAAACGAGAUAUACAGUCAAAUACGGCCAAAGAAGAGGAGUCUAAACGCAGACAGGACUCUAGGUGAAGAAACAGAUUACUAAAUAUUCUGUUUCUGUCAUGACUGAAAAAAAAAUGUAUUACCAAGAUAAGAAUCUAGUGACUCAGCUCAAAAACAAAUAUCUUUUGUCAUCAGUUUUGUCUGAAUGAACGUUACAUGCAGUAAGGGUUUCAGCAUUCAGCUUUAUAGCCAGACAUUUUGUUAUUGUUUAUUAAAUCGGGCUGCUCACAGCUAAGUAAUGAAUAGCAAGAGCAUUUACCUAUGGGAGCCAAUGCGUAAAAGUAUCACCAUGUACUGAGAAGUGAGGAAAUUGUAUAUUAUGCUUUUGCAGCAUCAAGGGUUUUAAACUCCUGUAUGUUUUCAGUGAACAGUAUUAAAUAUCUCUUCUGCAAAUGAAUAAAUAGGCCUAAUAAAAUAAAGCUAAGAUGAUGCAAGUGCAUCAAAUAGUAGAAAAAAUGUUUUAUAGUAGAUGAAGGACUUUCUUAUCAUCUUAACAUCUUAAUCUUUUCAUCUUAAAUUCUGUCUUAAAAAGCAUAUAAAUCUGUCAGACAUGUAGAAAGACGCAGAUAUGUCCAUUGUCCAUAUAGUAGUUUAUUCGUUUUUCCACAUUUUAUAGUCAUUCUCAGUUUUGUGAUUCUCAUAUAAGGAGGAAAUAUGAAGUUAAUUCUGCUAAUGUAUCACAAAUUUGUUACAUGUAAUCAAAUGUGCUUUCAUUUGUCUGUAUUGUCAUGAGUAGUUUAAGGGUUCCGUUUAGGUA